AUGAUGAGGAAAGGACGUACAUUGCGAGAACGAUAUGGAGACUUACUCGACCAAAAUGUCAAGCAAGAGGACGUCUAUGUGCUCUCCAGCAGCGUUCCACGUACUAUUGAAUCCGUGCAGUGUCUGCUUCGAGGGUUCUUUCAUGACAGUGGUGAUAACGAACAGAGGUAUACGAUCCCACAGUUUUACGUGCACACGUACGAGCAUAACGUACUAGCGCCCAUGCAUCCACAGCAAGUGUUUAACGAGAUCGAGCUCAUUGUUCACGAUGACGUGCUGAAUCUACGCAGUCAAGAGGAGCAAGAUGCGACAAAGAAGUUGGCGUUGCAUCUACGAGAGUGUCUAGGAAUACCUGAUGAUCAACUGUUGUCUUGGACGGCGUUGCGAGACACGCUGACUUGCCGUCAAGCACAUGGCUGGCCAUUCCCGGAAGGUGUCGACCGCAAGAUUUUUAAGCAGAUUGAGGCCUAUGAUACGUGGCUUUGGCAACGUCUCUAUCAUCGCAAAGAUUUUUGCUACGGCGCGUUCAAGGAUGGAGUCAAGGAAGUGUACAGCUUUGUAAAGGCAGUAGUGGAGAAGAAACACACUGCCAAGUUGUCCUUCUUCUCGGCGCAUGAUAACUCCAUUGUGGCGCUUGUGGGCGCUCUGCAGAUUGAAGUGGGCUCGCAGCUGCCUAAGUAUGGUACCACAUUGGCGUUCGAAGUGUAUGAGGACGAGACGACCGGUAAUUAUUUCAUUACACCACGUUACGAGAACGAGGUCGUGAGUUUUGCAGGACAUACGCACGAUCCGCUUUGCCCAUUCUCACACUUCGAGUCGCUAGCCCUCGAUUUCCUACAUCCCAAGGAAACACUGAGCAUCGAGGCACGGUAA